AUGAAUGGGCUAAUUAGUGAACUGAUUGAUGCCGACAAUAGAAGUUGUGGUGGUCCUGUGGUGAGCAGAUGUGUGGCUCCUUGGUUGAUGCUACUGCCGGAGUUUAAGGAGGACAGCACCGUCUUCAAAUUCUACAGACCGACAGAAGGGGAUGUCAUACAAGUACAACUUGAGCAGCAGGAAGACCAAGUGGUGAUGCCUGAUAUUGAUUCCGUUUGCUUGGGUUCAUUAUCCAAGGGAUGGCUUGUUUGUAUACAGCCUAAAGAUUGUCUUCUCUUUAUGUUUAACCUACUUUCUGGUAAGACUAUCCAGCUUCCAUCCAUUGAAACUUUCCCCUGUGUUAACGGCGUUUUUCGGAACAGUGUCAGAGUCGAAUGCUUUCUUAACCACAAAUCCAUUCCCUUAACCCCACAACGUAUGUCUUCAUACAUUGUCGAAAAGAUGAUCCUUUCAUCCCCUGAUCCUAUGGAUGAGGACUGCAUAGCGUUGGUUAUUUAUGGGUCCCUCCAGAGACUCGCAUUCUGCAGGAGGCCUGCCAUAGCUGAAGCCAAUUCGUGGACUGCACUCGACGGUCCCUUAUGUUUGUACACUCAAGUUGUGUUCCACAGUGGAAAGAAACUAUUUUUUGCUCUCACCCAAGAUAAGGAGCUUGAAGCUUGGGAUCUCCACAAUGAUCCAACUAAGAGGUUUCUCAUUCAGAUUGAAGAUAUAGGUUGCAGUGAUGAUUGGCCCUGUUCUGCUGCGGAUGAUGCUGAGCUGGAGUGCAAGUCAUUGUACUGUUGGGACGCUGAUUACUUGGUAUAUGACCACCAAAGCCAGGAGCUUUUUAUUGUUACACGCUACAUAGCACAUGGCAUUGCCCAAGAUGGGACUUUGGUAUUGCCUGUAGACAAUGUUGAGCGUGAAUGUCCCUACAAGACUCAAACUUUUGAUGUUUUCAAGCUUGAUUUUAUAGACCAUGAUCAUGUGGAGCUUCAAUACUUGCCUGGCAGCCUUGGCAAUCGUGCAUUCUUCAUUGGUUCCAAUCCCGGCUUUGCUUUGUCGACCACCAUGUUCCCGGAAUUGAGGCCCAAUUCUAUUUACUUUACAGAUGAUCUAACUUAUGCUUACAUAUUUAGGAAGGAGCCUAAUUGUGGAGGUCAUGAUUUGGGGAUUUAUGACUGUAAAGAAGGAAGCUUUUUAUCCUGUUACUACCCUGUCGAAGUAGACAAGAUACAAAGGAUUCUACCAGCUCCUAUUUGGUUCACCCCUGAUGUUGAUGCGACAUGCUUGGCCUCCACUUUAGGUCUCUAA